CCUUCGAGGGCACCCACAGUCCACUCAAGUCGACAUGGCUGGACGGAUUCUGCGACUAUUCUUACUUCUGUGUUUGCUGUGUGUGGCCAGCGGAGGGCUGAAGUCGAAAUUGAAAAAAAUCCUCCACAAGGUAGGCCUUCGGAAAUCGCACGUCGUACCUCCUCCACCGGCACCACAGCCGGCGGUGGUACCAGUGGUGGUACCAGUGGUGACACCACAACCCAAUGUCCCGAGGUUCACCUUGGUAGCCCCAGACCUGCUGAGGGCGGACAGCCAGGAGAACAUCUACCUGCAGGCUGAAGGUAUAGGCACCCCCGUCGAGGUCCACAUCACCAUCAUGGACUUCGGCAGGAUCACCACGUUGCUCACGGACAAGAUCACACUGGAUCAAGGCAACAACUUCCACGCCCUCCAAGCUGUGCAGAUGCCCUCUGGACCUUUGAAUCGUGAUGAGACAAAGAACAAAUACGUGUGGCUGAUGGUGAACUUUGUCAACUAUCACAAGGAGGAGAGAAUCGUGCUGGUGUCCUUUCACUCGGGGUACAUCUUCAUCCAGACGGACAAGCCUAUCUACAACCCUGGAGACGAGGUGCGCUUGCGAGCGUUUGUGUCGUCUCCGUCCUUCAAGGCUUUCGACAGUUCUCUGACAAUAGACGUGCAGAAUCCAGAAGGUGUGGUGGUCAAGCAGGUCUUCAGGAGCAGAGCUCCUUACGGCGUCUUCUCAGACUCUUUUCUUCUGCCGGAAUUUGCCAAUGAAGGCACGUGGAAGGUGAUUGCCAAAUUUGACCACUGGAAGCAGAACACCUUUACCUCCCAGUUGGAGGUGAAGAAAUACGUGCUCCCCGCCUUCAACGUCACCUUGACUCCUAGGAAGUUCUUCCUGAGCCUUGAUGACGACAAUCUGGAGGUGGAGAUCUCCGCCAGGUAUCUGUAUGGCGAGCCGGUCCAGGGGACGGCCUACGUGGUGUUUGGAGUGGACGCCAACAAGGAGAUGACAAGGUUGCCUUCAGUCAAGCAGGUGUCAAACCUGGAGGGCGGAGUCGUCACUCUGAGCAUGGACGAGCUCAAGAGGGCGUACCCCAACAUGAGGACAUUGGUGGGCAGCUCCAUCUACAUCAAAGCUUCUGUCCUCACCAAGACAGGCAGCGACCUGGUUGAAGCGGAGAAAAAAGGGAUCAGCAUUGUGGAAUCUCCGUACAUCCUGUCCUUCAAAGACACGCCAAAGUACUACAAACCAGGACUCCCCUUUGACUUCACUAUCCAGGUGACCCACCAUGAUGGUUCCCCGGCUCGUAACGUCCCAGUGAAGGUGAACUUGCUAGAGGGGCCCGUGAUGGUCGGCGUGGGUACAGCGAGGGUCACCAUCAACUUGCCCAACGUUCGUCACCCUCAAGGCCUCAGUGCCGAGACCACACAGGCGGGCCUCAAACCAGAGCAGCAAGCCAAGAACCAAAUGUUUCUUUUCCCGUACUUGGCCAUGCUCAGUCAGAGCUACCUCUACAUCUCCACCAGCACCAACACGCCAUCUGUGGGCGACACGCUGUCCCUCAAACUCACCAUCGCUGCCGAGCAGAUACACAGAGACAACAUUCAACACGUCACCUACCUGGUGGUCAAUAAAGGCAAGAUCAUCGAAGCCAAGCGAAUGGGCGUGUCAGGACAGCUGGUCACCAGCAUAGGGCUGACGGUUACCCCCGAAAUGAUGCCCUCCUUCCGCUUUGUGGCCUUCUACAACCUUCUGGCAGGGACCCGAGAGGAGGUGGUGGCCGAUUCCAUCUGGGUGGAUGUGAGCGACUCCUGCAUUGGAGAUCUGAAAGUAGGACCAGCAGAUGGCGUACCACGGGACUACGCCCCCGGGAAGCGCUUCAGCGUCCGUGUGAGAGGUAACCCUGGAGCAAACGUCAGCUUGGUGGCCGUGGACAACUCCGUCUAUCUGCUCCGCAAGGACCGCCUCACCCAGAAGAAGAUGUGGGACAUUGUGGAGCACGGGGACAUGGGUUGCACGCGGGGGGGAGGCAUCAAUGCCAAGGGGGUGUUUAAAGACGCCGGGCUGAUGUUCUCCUCCAGCACUGGCUUCAAAACUGACUCCAGGAAUGCCCAGCGCUGUCCCGUCAGCAACACAAGGAGGCGCUCUGCUGAGCGCUUACAGCGGAAAGUCCAGUUGGAGAGCCACUACAAGGAGCAACUGCAGCAUCGCUGCUGCAGAGACGGACUACGGGACGUCCCCAUGCCUUACUCGUGCACCAGGCGCUCCCUCUACAUCACCGAGGGCUGGGAGUGCAUCCGGGCCUUCCGCUACUGCUGCGCCACCUAUCGGGACCAGGUGCUGGAUACCGAGCUGCCCACCACCUUUGCGCCCACCACCGUCCCACCCACCACUACACCCAUGCCCACCGUUACUCGGCUUGUAACGUUUGGAGCCAUGAUCCCCCUUCGAAGAGAAAUGUUUGACUGGGGACGCGGACCACCAGGACCCGAGAGGUCUGUUGUUGCGUAUAGCAACGCCCAUAAGACCAUCGCUGCUCCAGAGGUGUAUGCCAGGAGACCAAAUGUGGUGAAGCAGGAAGCCCCGCCACAAGAGGCGUAUGAGGAGUAUGAGGAAUAUGAGGAAGAAGAGUACCUGGAGGAGGCUGAUGUUUACCUGCGCUCAAAGUUCUUUGAGUCAUGGCUGUGGACCGACAUUAACCUGCCCAGCAUCGCCGACAGCGAUGGGUUGGCGUCGAAGGACGUGACCCACGCUUUACCUGACAGCAUCACAGAGUGGGGGGUUCUGGCUAUCAGCUCCUCGCCUCACACAGGUUUCUGCGUCGCCGAGCCGUACAACGUGAGAGCCUGGAAACGUUUCUUCGUGGACUUGAAGCUUCCGUACUCAGUGGCGAGGAACGAACAGGUGGAGAUUAAAGCGGUGAUCCAUAACUACGGCUACGACGACCUGCAUGUCCGUGUGGUUUUGAUGAAGACGGAAGACAUGUGCAGUAUCGCUUUCAAGGACAGACACACACAGGAGGUGACGCUGGCGGCGGGGACUUCCAAGGCGGUGCCUUACACCAUCAUGCCUCUGGCGGUGGGCAAGCUCCCCAUCGAGGUGAUGGUGGUGGCCCGGGACAUGAUGGGAGGAGACCGCGUCCAGAAGCUUCUGCGGGUGGUGAUGGAUGGGGUCCAGAAGACCAAAGUCAGGACUACCGUGUUGAACCCGUCUGCUGAAGGAGGAAGGCAGAUGGUCCAGGUGGGCAAGGUGGACCUGGAGGGUGUGGUACCAAACUCGGCACCAGAAACGUUCAUCAAUGUCAGAGGGAACGUUUUGGCCGACAGCAUCGACAACUCCAUCAGCGACGACUCCCUGGCGUCUCUCAUCCGCAUGCCCGGCGGCUGCGUUGAGCAGAACCUGGCCACCAUCACGCUGCCGCUCAUUGCCACCCUCUACCUGGAACGCACCGACGACUGGGAGAGCGUGGGCGUGCUGCGCAAAGCGGACGCGCUGCGAUACAUAAGGAGAGGCUAUGAGAACCAACUGGCCUACAAGAAGAUGGAUGGUUCUUACCCCCCCUACAGGAGGGAAGGUGCAAGUACUUGGAUCACUGCGUACGUGGUGAAGGUCUUCUCCAUGGCUCAUUCCAUCAUCGGCAUUGACACUCAGCAAGUCUGCGACCCGCUCAACUUCCUGGUGGGCAACAAGCACAGACUUCCCAGGGGACACUUUGUGGAGGACAAUCCCGUUUACAGCACAACCAUGACUGGCGGAUUGCGGGGUGACGAUCCCGAAACCACACUGACGGCCUUUGUCCUCAUUGCGCUGGCGGAGGCGAAGCAGGCAGGAAUCCGAUGCAGCGGUCCAAGCCUGGAGGCGGCCAUAGGUAAGACAGCUGAAUACCUUAAGCGGGCCCUGAUGAGGACAGGGAGGAGGCCGUACACGGUGGCCAUCACAUCUUACGCCCUGGCCUUGGUGGGAUUAGGACCAGAUUAUGACCCCACUACACACCUCAGAGCGUCUGGUCAAGGCAGCCACUGGCCUGACAAACACAACCACUUGUUCACCUUGGAGGCCACAGGUUAUGCCCUGCUGGCGCUGGUCAAGUUGGGUCACAUGACGGAAGCAGAGGCAGCCUUCAAGUGGCUCAACAGUCAGAGGAGGAUUGGAGGAGGCUUCGGUUCCACUCAGUCCACCAUGGUGGUGCUGCAGGCGCUGUCAGAGUACUUAAUCCACACGCCUUCCUCUGAUGACCUCUCUCUGAAUGUGGACGUCAGGAUAACGGGCCGCCGGGACAUCCGCUACCACUUCAACCCCAGGACCGCCUACGCUGCUCAGUCGUCCCGGCUGCCCGCUCAUCUGAACCUGACUGUGGAGGUGACAGGGAAGGGACAGGGAAUACUGGAGGUGGUGACCUACUACAACCAGCUGCACGAAGUGGACGAGAAGAUUCCUUGCAAGAACUUUGAGCUCGGUGUCGCCAUCGAGGAGGCCAGUGAAAAGCCUCCAGCAGACAUGGAGAAGUCCUACCAGAUGACCAUCAAAGUGAGGGCUUUAGGACCCAGCGAUGUCAGGAUGGUAGUGCUGGACGUCAGCCUUCCCACUGGCUUCACCCCGGAAAACGCCGACCUGGAGAUGCUGUCCAACUCAGUGGAUCGCUACAUCAGCAACUUCAAGAUGGUGGACAACCUGAGUGACAGAGGCUCUCUCAUCAUCCACCUGUUCAAGGUUUCGCACAAGGAACCGGAGAUCUUGGUCUUCAGACUCCAGCAGAACUUCAAAGUGGGCCUCCUGCAGCCGUCCUCGGUCACUGUGUACGAGUACUACAACCCUGACCAUCGCUGCAGUAAGACGUACACGCCCACUCAACACCGCGAAGACCUGACUCACAUCUGCAAGGAAAACGUCUGCCGCUGCACGCAGGGCGACUGCUGUAUCGCCAAAGGUGACAGCGAGGACUUUGUCAAGAAGGAAAGAGAGACGUUUGCCUGCAAGUCUCUGCAUCACGUUUUCCAGGUGAAGGUUGUGAACGCCAGCCACAGUUACUACGACAAAUACGAGAUGGAGAUCACACGCGUUAUCAAACUGGGUGUGGAGGCGGGAGUUGAAACGGGUCAGAGGAGGUUCUUCACAUCCCAUGGAGGCUGCAGAGAAGGACUGGACCUGAAGAUAGGCUCACAGUACCUCAUCAUCGGUCCGAAAGAGGACAAGUGGGACGUGGACAGCGACACCAACAGGUUCGUGUACACGCUCGGCAAGACCACCUGGGUGGAACGCUGGCCUUCGCCCGCAGAGUGUGCCAGAGAUCUGCAGGCCAAAUGCACGAGCCUCGAUGCGGCCGCCAAGGAACUCUUCGAGAACGCAUGCAGGCUGUAAGACGCUUGUUGCAAGACCUGCGGUGGUCACUGUGGGAAAACUCAUGUUUAAAAGAAAAAAAGCUAUGAUGGUUACUCAUUCUUUUGUCAUUUCUUGUUAAAUGUUUGUCUCCACAUUUGACAAGAUGGAGGGCAAGCAAGCAAGUCAUAUUUACACAGAACUAAUAGGAUUUUUUUUAUGAACAUGUCCACCAGGGGUGCUCACACUUUUUCAUCCUGCGAGCUACUUUUAAAAUGACCAAGUCCCAAAGAUCUACGUACUACUAUAAAUAUAGAAAGCAUAUAUAUUUACUAUAUUUAUUUCAAACAAAUAUGAGUAGGUAUUUAUGUAGGUUAUACAUGUAUACCAGGAGUGCACACACUCUCUCAGCAUGCAAGUACAAGUCAAAUUGAUCUUCCUCUUUCUAUAAAACAUAUAACAUAUACAAAAUGUAACCAGUAAACUCUGAAAUUCUAUUGUAAAUAUGAAUGAUUAGUAUUUCACAUUCACAUUGUCAAAGUUUACAGGUAAUCAAAGUAGUUGCUAUCAUAAUUCACUUCAAUAAGGAAAUAAAGAUAAUUCCACAUAACUCCUAAAUAGUUGUGUACAUAACCUGAGUACUGGUAAUAUGUCAGUCACAUUAGCUAUGUAACGUUCAUUAGGACACACAGUUCAUGUAUUACAUCCAGUUAGCAUUUGCUAUCAAACAUUAGCCAUAUACAAGAAUUUAAAAUGAUGAUGCGAAAGAAAGAAGCCAACAUGUAGAAAACACUGAUUUCUGUAGUAGAGUUCAUGACGCCCAGCAAAGCCAGUAAACAAUACACUUUUUUUCUAUGUAACUAGCCUCUACAAGUGAACAGAUAACUUUAGUUAUAGAUAUAGACAUCUUACCACCGAGUUAGUUCAUCUGUAAUCACAAUCAUAAAGAUGAAAGUUGCAUCUUCGUGUGUAGCUUGAAACGCUGCGGGGGAGCAAGCGUGAAUCAGGAGGGGCGCUUAAUGCCAGCUGACUGAUGUCAUAUUACACAUACAAAGUGAUGUUUACGCGAUGGACCCAAACUACCGGUAGCUUGUGAUCGACGUAAUGGCCACCCCUGAUGUACACAUUUGUUCAUAUUACAAAAUAAAUUUUCCCAUCUGAAGUUAUUGAGAUCUGUUCCAGGGUAAAAAGAUUUAUUAAGUGUACAGGCAAUGUUUGAAGUCACUUUUUAACAUUCUGAAUGGUCACAUGAGUGUAAAAAGAAGCAAAGCAGUAUUAAGAGUAAUAAAAUGUUCACAAGUGAGUUAGCGUAUGAUGACUAUAUUGUUCUCUUGUUAAAGCUGAUCAUUCACGGCCCUGUAUUCCAAGAACCUUUAUGUUAUAGUAGAGUAACAUUCCAAUAUAAAAUAAGGUAUAAUGGUCGAUGGGGAACGGCCGUAUAGUCUAGCAACAUUACUUAAUUUCAUACCACCGUCAUGCUUCUGGAUCAUUUCCUGCUUUGUUUCGAUUGACAACUUUUCCCUUUUUUCUUACCACUUACACUUGGUUUAGGGCCCAUGACUCCGGUAAUUUUAACAAAGAAAAGUAAUGAAAUUAAGAAGAGAUUUCAAUGCGUGCAAACUAGUUUAAGGGCGACUAAGAUGAGGAAGGGAGCUCACACAAACUGGACACGCUGGAUAAGUCAGCCAAUGACAUAAGAGCGUAGGCGGUGCCCCGAUCAUCAGCCAAUGAGAUGAGAGCGUAGGCGGUGCCCCGAUAAUCAGCCAAUGAGAGCAUGAAGCAUCAGAAUUUGUGGAUAACUUCCUGAUUCCUUUCGAUCGACAACUUUUCCCUUUCUUCUUAUCCCUUACACUUGGUUUAGGGCCCAUGACUACGGUAAUUUUAACAAAGAAAAGUAAUGAAAUUAAGAAGAGAUUUCAGUGCGUGCAAACUAGUUUAAGGGAGACUAAGAUGAGGAAGAGAGCUCACAUACAAAUGAACACGCUGAUAAGUCAGCCAAUGACAUAAGAGCAUAGGCGGUGCCCCGAUAAUCAGCCAAUGAGAUGAGAGCGUAGGCGGUGCCCCGAUAAUCAGCUAAUGAGAGCGUGAAGCCAUAAGGCUUCACUUCACCAAGUGUACUCUGUCAGUCUCUCUGUCUUGCACGGACUUGACGCUUACGUAAUAUGGAAUUCCUUACGUAAUACGAUACAAAAAAUGUACAUAAAUUCCUUACGUUUAGUGGAAUUUAUGUAAAAGGAGGUUUACGUUAUGCGAAGUACUACUAUAUAUAAAUACACUGCUCAAAAAAAAUUAAAGGAACACUUCGAAAACACAUCAGAUCUAAACUGGGGGAAAAAUGAUCUUGAAUAUCUUUCCUGAUAAUAAGUGUAACACCAGGAUCUUUGCGCCAGUGCCCAUAAUGUCCGUUUAAUUCCCGGGUGGCAGGUCACCUUACUGUAGAUGUGUGACCCCAUUGUAGUACCUCUGACCUGAGAUCCUCUGGAACGAACAGUCUACCUGGAGGACAACCCUCUGGUGGUCUCUUCCCGUCUGUUGCCUCCGACACCCUCUUCUCCACCUCCCACUGGAGCGCACCCAACACCUGAGCCACAGGUAUGAUAGUCUCUGGUGCUUCUCCCUCCUCCGUGGAGCUGAAGACUCUGGACAGGGCAUCGAGCUUGACAUUGCGUGAACCGGGUCUGUAAGUGAUUGAGAAGUUGAAGCGGGUGAGGAAUAAUGACCAGCAGGCUUGUCAAGAAUUGAGUCUUUGGGCGGUACGAAUGUAGGACAGAUUCUUAUGGUCAGUGAUGACUACAAACGAGAGUACAGCACCCUCCAGCCAAUGACGGCACUCCCGCAGCGCCAGAACGAUGGCCAGCAGCUCCCUGUUCCCCACAUCAUAGUUCCUCUCAGCCUGUGUGAGGCAACGCGAGAAGAAGGCGCAGGGGUGCAGCCUCUGGUCGACCGAGGAUCGCUGGGACAGGACGGCUCCCACUCCCGUAUCCGAUGCGUCGACCUCUACAAAAAAUUGCAGGUUAGGAUCGAAUUUCAAGCGAUGUAAGCCUAGUCAGAGGUCCUGCCUUACUACUGUAAUUUCGGAUGAAUCGCCUGUAGAAGUUGGCAAAUCCUAGGAACCUCUGUAAGUGCUUCCUUGAGAGUGGGCCAUUCGACCACCGCUUGAAUCUUGGCGGGAUCGGCAAGUAACUGACCCUUCUCCACAAUGUACCCCAGGAACUGCACUGAUAUGACGUGAAACUCACACUUCUCUGCUUUGACAUACAGCCUAUUUUCUAGGAGGCGUUGAAGGACGAGUUUGACAUGGGUAGUGUGUUCUUGUAGAUUUCUGGAAAAAAUAAGGAUAUCGUCAAGAUAUACAAAACAAAACAGGUUAAUAAUAUCGCUUAGAACGUCAUUAAUAAGAUUUUGAAACAUCGCUGGGGCGUUAGUAAGACCAAAAGGCAUGACGAGGUACUCAAAGUGCCCCAGCGGAGUAUUAAACGCGGUCUUCCACUCGUCUCCAUCCUUAAUGUGCACCAAGUGAUAGGCGUUGCGGAGGUCGAGCUUAGAGAAAAUCCGUGCCGAAUGGAGAGCGGAAAAGGCAGAGUCCAUGAGGGGGAGUGAAAAACUGUUAUGCACCGAAAUACUAUUGAGACCCCGGUAGUCAAUGCAGGGGCGUAAGGAUUUGUCUUUCUUGGCCACAAAAAAAGCGGAGAAGAUGAAGGUUGGAUGAGACCAGAAGCUAGUGAAGCGGAGAUAUAGUCUUUGAGAGCUUUUUGCUCUGGCCCAGAAAUAUUAUAGAGCCUAGCGCUAGGUAAUGUGGCGUUGGCUAAUAAUUCUAUAGAACAAUCAUAUGGUCUAUGAGGUGGGAGUGUCUGGGUGCGGUCCUUACUGAAUACUUGUUUCAAAUAGUGGUAUUCCUCUGGAAUACUGGUGAGAUUGAUCUCUUCGACAGGAAGGGCGCUAUCGAGCACGUUGGAAAUGGCUGACCUCAGACAAUUUGCGUGGCAAAACGUACUCCAAUUAACGAUAUUCAUUUUAGUCCAAUCUACGGGAGGAUUGUGGAGUUUAAACCAUGGUAAUCCUAAUACUAGCGGUGCAGCUUGGGAUGGCAUGAUAUAGAAUUUAAUAUUCUCAGAGUGAUUACCCAAUAAAUGAAGAGAAAGGGGUUCAGUCUGAUGUGUGACUGCUGCUAAGAAGCGCUUAUCUAAAGAAAAAACCUCUUUAGGAGAGGGUAGCUUAAUAGUUUUGAUAUCAUGUCUCUUAACAAAGGAGGUGUUACCGGAACAUUUCUGCCCCCACCUGUAAUAAUCCCCUUGACCUGAAGUCGUUUCAAAGACUCCUCCUUGUAUGUGUCAAUUAUUUCCUCGGAGUACUCACAGUCCCCAGCUGACAACUGGCUGCUGACGAUAGGGGGAUCGAUACUGGGUAUUGAUGAUUGUGCCGGUCUUGAUCCUGGGGUCGAACCUCGGCGGAGAACUGGACGGACGGGGCACUGGAGAAGCCGAUGUCCUGGGUUACCGCAAUAUAGGCACAGGUCCAGGCGUCGCGACGGGCUCUCUCCUCGGCGUCUAGCUGUUGACCUCCAAUCUGCAUCGGCACCUCCGUAGUAGCAGUUUCGUCGUCUCGGUUGAAGGGAUGAGAAAUCCUCUGCUCAGUCGUUAGAUGUGAUUUCGGCGUUCGACCAUAGUAUCCCACCUCUGCAUAGUCCCUGACUCUCUCCUUUACUCGGUUAUCUAAACAAAUCGCUAAGUUUAUCAAGUCGUCAAGGGAUGUGGUAUUGUCUUUGGCUAUUAAUUCAUCCUUAAUGCGGGCGCUGAGUGCUUUCUGGAAAGUACCACGGAGCACGGUAUCCGGAUAUCCACUCUGCAGCGAGUACACAAAAGUCAAUGGAGAAAUCAGUUACAGAUCGUCCUCUUUGUUUUAAAUCCAACAACCGAUUGGCAGCUUCUAAACCCUGGAUAGGGUGAUGAAAAACUUUUAUCGCCUCUAAAAAUAAUGGUAACUAUGUGCGAAUGACGGGCAUAGACGUGCUUAUGGCCAGGGCCCAAGUGGCGGCUCUACCCUCGAGCAAACUCAUUAUGAAGGCUACCUUAGACUGAUCACAGGAGUAAGAUGUAGGUUGUUAAAAACUAACGAGCAUUGAUGUAAAAACUGGUUACAAGAGUCAGAAUCACCAGAGAAGUGAGGAGGAUGAGGGAUAUUAGGCUCACGAGGUUGAUGAGCAGCAGGUGUGCUUGCAGCUGUGGCAUUAGCAGCGUCACUCAUAGCAGUGGAGGUACCGACCGCUGGUGGAGGAAUCGGAGCAGAGUGUCCUAGUCGUUGACUUAGUGCUUCCAUAUAUUCGCGGAGAGAACUGAAAUGGCUUCCAUGAUCCCUUGGAGCGAUUUCUCAUGGCUACCAACCAUGUGUCCUUGGUGUGCCAGGGCUUUCCGGAAUUGGUCCAUGUCUGCGGGAUCCACGUCUGGCCAGAUUGUUCUGUCAUGCGAGGCCGUGGGACACGGCGAAUGCUUUAGGAUUCCAAAUGCAGACAAGGCGAAAAAUACAAAAAGGAAAAUUUUAUAUACAAAAAGGGUCCAAGAAGCAAACACAAAGUACAAAUAAGGAAAAUCCAGUAAUGGUAAGAAUCAACAACAAAAAAUGCUAACAGCAAUAGGCUGUUAGGACAAAACUAGCAAGAACAAAAAUUCACUGAAGGCAAACCUUACAGGAGUAGAUCACAAAUACUAAGCAGGCAGGUACAGGUAAGCAGGGAGCCAGAGAGCAGGGUAAGGAGCAGGAAGCCGGGCAAGGUAGUCUAGGAGUCAAGGAGUACAAUCUGGCACUGGUCUGGAGUUUGGCUGCAGCUUGUAAUGAGCUGCAGGUGUGACCAAUUAAGUCCUCUCAGGUGCUCAGGAGGUGUGCUGCAACAGAUGGCAUACAGAGGGCAGCAGAGCAGCACACAGAACAUGACAUACAAAGUACACUUGGAAGAACAAGAGGUGAAUGAAUGUAUUGCAACUGAUGUGAACCUGAUGAGGGGUAAGAUUAAAUAAGCUUUGCUUCUUUCUACUCUUUUUUGGACAUGCAAAAUUGUGAAUUGUACUAUGUGAUGUGCUACUGUUUGACUCAUAUGCAUGUCCAGGAUGAAUUAAAACCAUGAACCAUGAACCAUGAUAAUAACAAGCCUAGUAGUGCUGUACAACUUUUAUCCGCAGUCCGCAGUGCCCUCUACUGGUCAACAUUAUUAUUAUUAUUUUCCCUUUUUUUCUUUUUUUUUCCUCUACUGGUCAACAUUCAAACUGGAUGCCAACCUGUCUAUAGCGGCCACUUUUGCAGACUCCCUCUAGUGGCCGCUAUAGACACUAUAGACACUAAAAUCUGACUGCAUAUAGCGGCCAAAUUACCAACUCAAGUAGAAGCUUCAUGCACGAAAAAGUUUUGUUUUUCAAUCAAUGAAGCCGUCGUGUGUAGACUUUAAUUACUGAGUCCUAGCUCAGUCACAAUCAUUCACAAGAUCCACACAAACUGUCAGUUGUUCCACAUAAAAAAGCCGUCUUCUUUUGAGCUUGCUAUUUCCUGGUCAAACAUGUAACUUUAAGAGCAUUUGCACCACAACAUUACCGCAAAGUAGGCUGGGAACAGGACGUGCUCCCAGCGACGCUACAAUAAAAAAAACAUACGCUAGCAUGCAUGCGGCAGCGGGAGCAAAACUGAGUUCGGUUGUACUUAAUUGAAGUAUUUUAGAAUGUACUCACGUUAUUUUUGAUCAAUCCUCAUCCACAAAUCCAUCAAAGUCUUCAUCUUCUGUAUUCGACACAAACAAAGCCGUCUUCUUUUCUGUUCGCUACUAGUCUGUUAACUUGUCAGUGUUAUUCAGCUCCGAAGCAAAGAAGGAAACUUCUCCUGUUGCUUCUGCCAACUUUAUUUAUUGAAUGCGGCCACCAGACAGCAGCUCAGAACACACACACAUCUCUCAGCAUCGUCUCUCCUUCCUGCUUGCCCACAAGGCAAAGGUUAAACAAGCCCCACUACAUAGCUGUCCAGCCAAUGCCUGUAAGAAAUGACACCGUUUAUUUCCUGGUGUGCACUGGUCAAUACUGUAAUGCCGCUUGUUGUGGGGAAGGAGAGACUCACGUCGCCGAUGCACUUUAAUGGCUUUAUUAACAGCGGAGAACACUGCAGGACUUUCCAUCCACGCCAACAUAAACACACUUCCCAACUCUCUCGAAACUCACAGCUAGCACUGAGCUUAGCUCUCCUGCUCGGGACGCCCACCGUCACUUCCCGUCACUUCCUGAUGAACUAAAGCUGUAAUGACACUCUGCCGUAUAAAAAGUAAAAUAUUAAAAACAAGCGAAAGACAUUAGGAGCACAGCUUUGUUCUGUGGGUCGUGGAUAUAUUCUAUCAGUUAUUAUUAAGCCUCUAGCUUCCUUUUAGUAAGUACAAACCUUGGCUAUGAUUGCACUACAUUGUCAUGUAGACCUACAAAGUACACUUGGAAGAACAAGAGGUGAAUAAAUGUAUUGCAACUGAUGUGAAACUGAUAAGGGGUAGGAUUAAAUAAGCUUUACUUCUUCCUACUCCUUUUUGGACAUGCAAAAUUGUGAAUUGUACUAUGUGAUGUGCUACUGUUUGAAUCAUGCAUGUUCAGGAUGAAUUAAAACCAUGCACCAUGAACCAUGAUAAUAA